AUGAGAUCUUUGGGGACACCAAGAAGGUCAGGCCCGCGUGAACAGCCAUCACCAUUACAGACUUGCCCGGCACCCGCGGGAGAACCUGUCCAAAGCCUGCGCGCCCGGCCCGCUCGGCCACGCCCACCCGCCUCACAGCCCCGCCCCCAGCCAAUAGGGGAAGCCACUCGUCACAGUAUUUCCGGUUCCAAUCUUCCUACGGGCUUCCGUAGCUCCCUGUUUUCCAGGCAUCGGCUCUGGCCCCGCCCCUACCGCGUCUUUGACACAGUCACUGACCAAGGCUUUGCCGUCGGGAGGACCGAGUGGCGGUGGUCGGCGUCCCCACCGGCCAGGGUGGGAUGCAAAGCUUCCGGGAGCGCUGAGAGGAGGCGGGGACGGGCCCAGGCCCCGGAAGCCGAAGCAGCGGCGGCUACGCGCAGUCUGCUGCAGGCUCCGGAGUGGGGCCGCACCCGGCCGGGCAGGCGGCGGCGGCGGCGGCGGCUGCGGCAAGCUCGGCUCCGAGGUGGGGCGGAGGCCGGGCGCCGGGCCGCGGCCAUGGCCCAGUGCGUGCAGUCGGUGCAGGAGCUCAUCCCCGACUCCUUCGUUCCCUGCGUCGCCGCGCUGUGCAGCGACGAAGCCGAGCGGCUCACCCGCCUCAACCACCUCAGCUUCGCCGAACUGCUCAAGCCCUUCUCCCGCCUCACUUCCGAAGUUCACAUGAGAGAUCCUAAUAAUCAACUGCAUAUAAUUAAAAAUUUGAAGAUAGCAGUAAGCAACAUUGUCACCCAGCCACCUCAGCCGGGAGCCAUUGGGAAGCUUUUGAAUGAUGUCGUUUCUUGCAGCCAGCCUGCAGAAGGAUCAGUGGCUAAUGUGAUUACAGCGGGGGAUUAUGACCUUAACAUCAGUGAUCGGUCAAUUAAAGCUAGUGUUCCUUGGUACAGUAAUUGGAAAGACACUUUCAUGGAAUUGAAAGAAUCCUCGUUAUAUACAGAUUCUAUGUUACCUGUCCUCGGUCCACUUGGAAUCUCUUGAGAGAGCCGAGUCCUGUGUGUUCCUAGGCCCUGCCACAGGGACCUGGACGCCCUGCCUGUUGAGGCAAGGUUGAGGAUGUCUCGGGCCUUAUGGUCCCUGCUUCGCAUGAUGUGGGGCAGCAUCCAUCUGAACGCUCAUCACUACCAAGGCCAAUGUUUUGGAAGGAAGUCCUUCUUCUCCCAUCUUAGUAUUAGACCAUCGGAUUUGGGACACGGGACUAAGGCCGCUGACUCUGCAUCCCUUACAAGCAUACACAGCUGCCUGCCCUUUUGCCUUGUGUCCAUCCUGGAGUGGCCUUCUGCAAGGUGGGAAGCCCGAGCUGGGUCUAGGGUCCCAUUGAGUUGGGUGGUCGUCUCCCUUGGUGUAACACCUUCCAUCCCACUGCCUUAGAAGAACCGGGCACAGCCUUGGAGG